AUGUCUGCCAACCUUGAUAAGUCCCUUGAUGAUCUCGUCGGCAGCCGUCGCCAGACCACUCGCCACACUGCUCGUCGCCGUGCUGGUUCCCGCCGCGCUGCGACUAAGCCAUCCGCCGUCGGAGGUGUGAAGAAGUCCACCAAGGCUGCUCCCAAGGCUGCUCACCCAGCCCCUGUCGCCCAGACCGGUUCUAGCAAGAUUCUUGUCAGCGGAUUGCCUUCCGAUGUGUCCGAGGCCAAUGUCAAGGAAUACUUCAACAAGUCUGCUGGCCCCGUCAGACGAGUCAUGCUCACCUACAACCAGAAUGGUACUAGCCGUGGCAUCGCCUCUAUCCAGUUCGCCAGGGCAGACACCGCUGCCAAGGCUACCAAGGAGCUCAACGGACUCCUCGUCGAUGGUCGCCCCAUGAAGAUCGAAGUUGUCUACGAUGCGUCUCACGUUCCUGCUGUCCCUGCUGCCAAGCCUCUCACUGAGCGCGUUGCUCAGAAGGCUCGGCCCAAGUCUGCCACUGCCCCCAAGGCCAAGGAAAACAAGACCACCACCACUGAGAAGGGAAGCCGCCGCGGAAAGGGCCCUGCCCGCCCUCGUGGCCGCAACGCCGGCCGUGGAAAGCCCAAGACUGUUGAGGAACUUGAUGCCGAGAUGGUUGACUACUUCAGCACUGAUGCCCCCCCCUGCUGA